AGGCUACCUCUAGAGGGUUUGAAGUUUGAACUUUGAAGUGCUAUGGAAGGUGAGUCUGCUACGUCGCCCUCCAAUUCGAAUCCAAUGGCUGGGGGUGGGGGAGCUUCAAAGUACCUAGCCAACCUUCCCUCUCGCGGCCUAUUUUCAUCCACCGUCGUUUCGUCUAAUCCGGGAGGAAUACGAGUAUAUAUUUGCGAGCAUGAUACAUCACCACCGGAGGAGCAACAAAUAAAGACGAACCAAACAAACAUACUGAUUAGGUCUCUCACACUUAAGAAACAGAAAGGCGAUUCUAGCUCAAAGGAUGCGAAGGGUAAAGCAAGAGCUGAGUACACCAAAGGCAAGAGAGCUGCUGAGAGAGCUGUAGAUGGGAGGGCUUCAGCUAAGAAAGUGAACGUGAAAAAUAGUUCUGGAAGUCCUCAACAAGAGGGAACAAGUACUCGCACGAUUGAGAGGGAUUUCCAGGGUCUAACUGUGGAGAGGCUGCGUGCCCUUCUAAAGCAAAGACGACUGUCAGUCAGAGGAAAGAAGGAUGAACUGAUUGCACGCCUCAGAGGUAAUAGAGCUGAUGGUGAACCAUAAUUUGAAGGGGUACCACCAGGAUUUGUAUACAUUAGUGCAGGCCAUAAGGUGAUACGACAUAUUUUGAUCUGUCUUGGAAGAUCUUUUUGUUAGGCGAUUGCUAACUUGUUUUAUUUUUUGUUUAUGUUGGGAAAGUAGGUAAACAGAAGACUUUCUUGAUGCAUAAGAUCGAAUUAAUGUUGCAGUUAUGUAAAUUAUGGGUUUAUUUAUUUGUGCUUUGUGACAUACUCCCUUGAGUAAAUGACAUUCAUCAA